GUUUUCUUCACGCAUCUGUUCGUAUGUUGUGAACUUCCCACACCUGUGAGAUUUAACAGGACGAAGAGGAGCAGACACGACCCUCCACCAUGUUUGGUAAGAGGUCAUUAAUAGUGGUGGUGAUUUCUGUAGCCGUGGGUGUUUACCUGUUACCUUCUCCAAUCGACCCCAAACCACACAUACUGAAGGGGCCCCCUCCAGUGCUCGAGGGGCCCCUGGCCGUCAACACUCGCCUGCAGAAGGGUCGCAGGUUAUUCACUGGAAAACUCCACGGACCAGAAUCCUUCACUGCUGAUGUGGAAGGUAACAUGUACACGGGCACAGUGGACGGGAAGCUGUGGAGAAUCGGUCCAGACGACAGCCUCACCCUCAUCACUCAGAUGGGACAGAAUCGACCAGAAUGUGGCAGCAGCACAGACUUUGAGCCUGUGUGUGGUCGUCCUCAUGGUGUUCGUCUGGAUCGUCACGGUCAGCUGAUUGUUGCUGAUUCGUACCUCGGGCUGCACAGCGUAAACCCUCAAACUGGACAGAAGACUCUACUCGUGGCCAAUUCACAGGGUGCAGAUGGCGUUCCCUUUGCUUUUCUAAAUGGUUUGGACAUUUCCUCCCAAACUGGAGUCAUUUAUUUCACUGACUCCUCCAGUCGCUGGGGUCGAAGACAUGUCAAACUGGAGGUGAUUGAACUGAACAGCCUUGGCCGUCUCCUCUCCUACGAUCCUCAAACCAGAGAAGUGAGUGUCCUUCUGGACUCUCUGUACAUGCCUAAUGGCAUCGUCCUGUCGCCAGAGGAAGACUUCCUGCUGUUGGCAGAGACCAGCAUCGGACGCAUACUGAGAUAUUGGCUCAAAGGCCCCAAGGCUGGCACCAAGGAGGUCAUCAUGGACAACAUGAUUGGUUACCCUGACAACAUCCGCCUUAGUGACCAUGGAACAUUCCUGGUUGGCAUAACAACGCCCCGCUUUCGGAAGUUAAUGCCUCCCUUCCUGGACAUGAUCGCUCCAUAUCCGGCUGUCAAACGCUUCCUGGCCAAGGUGAUUCCUCUCAGCUGGUACAACGCCCUACUGCCACGCUACGCUCUGGUCCUGGAACUGGCGUUGAACGGGGAGCUUCUGGGAACCCUCCAUGACCCAGAAGGUCGGCUCACAUGGGCCAUCAGCGACGUCUUUCAGCACCGAGGGAGGACUUACCUGGGCAGCACCGACCUGCCGUUCCUGGCCGUGGUGGAGGGACCGUGGGAGAGCUGAUGAAGACUGGACUACAUGUAGGAGCUUUCAUUUUGACUCUGGACAGUUUGUGUUGAGAGCUACGAUACUCUGAGAAGAUCUGUGGUUGACACAAACACAUUAUGGUGGUCAGUCAGUGUCCACAUCUAGAUCAAUGAGUGGAGGUGAUUUCAGGUCAUUCUCUGUUCAAGCACUGAAAGUAAAACACUAACUAUGAUAACAUACAGCGGUGACAUGGAAAUGAAAUGGAAUUGAUUUUAAAGGAUUUUAGUGUUUUAAAACAACAGUAAAUUGAACCCGCCUUGAUGAAGUACUGAGAAGAUUAUUGGAAUUAUCGAAGUCACAUGAAGUCAUUUUAAUUUUAUGUACAGUGAGUAAUAACUUGCCAAAUGCAGCAGAGAUAAAAUAAGAUGCAUAUGAAGAACAGAAAUUAUAUGCAGAGGUUGUGGCAGUCUUCUUUUCAUCGCUCUCCAGUCAGCCAAUAGUGACUUGAAAAGGAAAAUCCACAUAAUAUCUCCAAAAAUAGUGAACUGUCUCUGUAUGCUUUGUGUCAAACAGAUUUAAAGAACGAUAAGAAGCUGACAAGAACUUGUUUUAUUCAAUUCACUAUAAACUGUAUUAAAUUUCCGCAGUAUCAUGAAUCUUUAGACCCUUUUUCUUUUUUUUUCAGUAUCGAAAAAUAAGCUUGGGGAAACUAGAAAAACUGAACUGAAGUUACAUUACAUUAUAUCACACUAUAGUUGUGAAGCUGAUUUUAAUCCAGAGCUGGAAGGAAGACCACACAUCUAUAAUUUCAGAUGAUAUUAUCUUUUUAUAACAGUGUUGUAGCGUGUAUGGGCUCAUCAUUUUCCAUUCUAACUAGAAAGUCAGUAGAGUAUAUACCGAGGCCUUAGUUCACAUUGUUAGUAAAAGUGAAUAAAAAACUCUAGACUCUGCUCCUUCUUCUGGAUUAAUUUCAUCGAUUUGUACAGUGUGUGCUCCGUUCCUUACCAUUCAAUCAACCCUUAAAGACAAAACUUUUUCUGUGAUUUUUCUCUUUAUUUAAAUUUACUGAUUUAUCACUGUCUAUUAGUUUAUCUUCUGUAUUUGUGAGUGAAAACCACAUUUUAGUUAUAUUUGCUGAUCACGUUGAUAAAAGCUCAUCAAAUUCAAAGGUUAUUAUAUCGAAAUGGAGAAAACUGAAGAAAAAGUGACUUUUUCAGGUUAAUGUUUCAUUCAUUGAACACAAAACAACUGUCAUUUGUCAAACUCCAUGGAUUUUAUUGGUGAAUUAAUGUUACAGAACAUGACCGUGUUUCCACAUUCAGGUUCAGCCACCGAUGGAUCAGUUAGUUCAGAUCUGAUGCCAGUGAAAACCUUAGAAACUGCAUUUUACCAGAAUCCUUUCAAUGUAUUUAGAGGACUAGCAGUGCAAAUGACACAACAUUUUAGAUCAGUAGAUGUUUUGGUGGACAGCAACUGUUUAGGGUCUUUUAGGGUUAACAGUCAGUUGGUGCAGGAGUUUUUGUGUAAUCCUGUUGAAAGAUCAUAUGUUUAUUCCUCUUUAUACUUUUUUUGUAUAUGCAAAUUGUAGAUGUACUUUUCACUACCCGAAAACUUGAAUUUGUUUUGACUGGAACUACAUUAAAAACUGAUUAGUCAAUGUACAGUAUAGAACUACUUUUUAUUCAUGCAUUUCAUAAUCUAUUGAACAUGUUCCAAAGUGUGUGGCUUGUUGUCUGACAUAUAAGCAAAUGAUCAGUUGGAUACAUGUGGCUUAUAUAUAAGAAAUACAUAAGGCCCCUAAAAAUAAAUAUGACUUUUCCAGAAGGUGUUUGAAGGAACAAAACAUAGACACUGAGUUCACAUAGAAUAUCUGUACAUCUUUGAACAGCAGAAGUCUUAAAGGGGAUGCAGAGCAGCAUGAGAACAGGAAUAUGGGUGGAAAAUUCAUUUUCAUGAGUAAACAGCUCAUUGGGAAUUUGUCAUUUUAAGAAUUAAAACCAGAAUAUUCAGUGCAUGCAAAUGUAGUCACUGACUUGGGGUUGAGUUUCUUUUCCAAUUCCCAGAGCCUGAACUGUGUACAUGACAAAAUAAGGUAAGUCAUGGAAGGAGGUAAAAUGUUAAAAUAGUUUUAAAAAAUUAAGUCCAGUAUCAAACAUGGAUGUUUGUAUUUGACUGUUUUAAUGAACUUUACAUAAAUUAAAACAGGGCUUUAAUAUCUAUUUUUUUUUCUGAUGCAUGUUAGAGAAGCAUUUAAAUGAAGCAAACAGGAUGCAGGGUAUAUUGAUAGAUUGAUAAUUUCUUUAUUUGGACAAAAACACGAGCCAAAAAUACAUCAACAAAACUAUUCAGAAAAAUAAACUAAAGAUGCCAAAACAGCAAAACAGUUCUGACAGGAUGGAAAGUGCAUCAGUGAAAUGAAACAAAGUGUUCAGUCUUACAAGGAAAAAUAAUCACAUAGUGAAUGUGGAGUCCUGUGAUAUUUCACCACACGACUUAAACCUCCGUGUUGUUGCAUGAAACUUUCAAUCAGUCCAGUUCUGACUCCACAAACUGACUACAGAGGAAGACAGAGCUGUAUUAUCCAACAGUAGUAACAUUAAUAACCAGGAAAUCUGGAUUCACAAGAAACAGAUUGGUUUUCUGCCCAAAAGAAGGAAAAAAAAAGCUUGAGAUUAAAUUAACACUAAAAACAACUGAGUCUUGGACAACAAAUGUUACACAGAGAGUUAAACAUCACCUUUUCCUAUAGUCAACAUAAAACUUUGGUUAGUUGUUAAUAAUCUCCACAGAUUUGACCAAACAUUAGAAAAUAUCAGUUCUAGGCAGCUUCAGUCUUAAAAUUGUAAUAUGGAAACAGACACAGAAAAACAGUAAAGUGUACAAAAAUAUACACAGUUUGCAAUGUUAGCAUAAAUACAGUUAAAGCAAGUUAAAUCUUUCAGUUUGUAUCUGAGCCUUAUGGGCUGGAGCAUAAAACCAGAUAUGCAAGAUUGUGUGUUCAGAAAAAAUAACAGCUGUGAAAAUAAAAGAUAAGCAUGAUUAAUAUAUUUGAGUUG